AUGGAAGAGCGACAGCUGGUCCUACCGAUUGACGUUCUCGAUCCUCAAGAUGCAGAUGUAUACGUUCACCCCAGCAUAUACCACAGCUAUGAGCAGCACAGAGGCAGAUACUCGCGGGUCUCUGCGUCAGUACGUGCAGGAACGGUUGUAUUUGCAGACGCACCGUACGCUUUAAUCCCUACCGUGGACCCUACUAGUAAGGGCUCUCUGAUCUGCAGCAACCUUAUGUGUCGACGACAAGUGAAGUGGGAUUUGGAGUGCGUGACAUGCCCAAAUGAUUGUAUUCGGGAUGUUGUUUGGUGCAAUUCAGCCUGUCGCAUACAGGACCAGGCGCGCCAUGAUUUCGAAUGCUCAUGGCUGAAAAAGCAUGGAGUCACCCUUCGACAACGAGAGGGCGAGUAUGACUUUUGCAUGCUCUGGUUAGUAGUGCGCCUUGUGGCUGCACGAAGAUUAGAGAUGGAGUAUGAUCCAACCUCGCACGAGAGGUAUGGCUGGGAGGAUCGAUUCAAGCGUGGAUGGCAAGCAAUCGAAGAGUUCUCCACCAAUCGCCAUUUGUGGCCAGAUGCUACAAUCCAGCACUGGGAAUAUCUCAUCCAGACAUAUUUACGAAAUUUCCCCGGUUUUCCAGGACCUACUGAGCUGCUGGGUCUCAUUUGCCGCGAAGAAAUCAACUCGUUCGGCCUUUAUCCUGGCAUAACAGGAACGCUACCUCCUGGACAGCAACGGAAACGGGGCCAGCAGUAUGGGUUAGGCUGUUAUCCAAGAGCCACAAUGUUGAACCAUUCGUGUGUUCCAAAUCUUAACCGCGCGUCGGACGAUCGCGGACGCAUGGUUAUCACUGCAAACCAGGACAUUGCUGCAGACAAAGAAUGCACUAUUUCAUACUUUGAUCUGGUAGAGCAUGCGGACCUGGAAGAUAGACAGAGGUUGACUCAUGAGAUGUUUCUGUUUUCUUGUACUUGUCAGCGUUGUCUAGUUGAAGCCGACAAGGGAUCUAUGCCGACAACAGGGAGAUAUGACACUUUAGUUUGCAACGGAGAACGUCAGUGA